AUGGGCCUCACGGUCUCCGCCAUCUUCUCCCGCAUCUUCGGCAAGAAGCAGAUGCGGAUCCUGAUGGUGGGGCUGGACGCCGCCGGCAAGACCACUAUCCUCUACAAGCUGAAGCUGGGUGAGAUUGUCACCACCAUCCCCACCAUCGGAUUCAACGUGGAGACGGUGGAGUACAAGAACAUUUGCUUCACCGUCUGGGACGUGGGCGGCCAGGACAAAAUCCGACCCCUCUGGAGGCACUACUUCCAAAACACGCAGGGUCUCAUCUUCGUGGUGGACAGCAACGACCGAGAGCGAGUGCAGGAGUCUGCUGACGAGCUGCAGAAGAUGCUGCAGGAGGACGAGCUGCGGGACGCCGUCUUGCUGGUGUUUGCCAACAAGCAGGACAUGCCCAACGCCAUGGCGGUGAGCGAGCUGACCGACAAGCUGGGGCUGCAGACGCUGCGCAGCAGGACCUGGUACGUGCAGGCAACGUGUGCGACCCAGGGCACGGGGCUCUACGACGGGCUGGACUGGCUAUCGCAUGAGCUCUCCAAGCGCUAGCUGGGCCGGCGGCACAGGGACCGGAUGAGCCGGGGACGUCUCUUCCAACUGCUGUUUUGUUUGGUUUUCUUUGUUUUAUUUUG